UUGACCCAUUGCUGCACCAGCGUGCUAACGGUAAAGAGCAUUGUGCAGUCAUGUGGCCUAUAUUAUGGACAGCGAUGCGGACCUAUGCUCCUUACGUCACCUUCCCUGUGGCGUUUGUGGUCGGAGCAGUGGGCUACCACCUGGAGUGGUUUAUCAGAGGGACCCCCAAUCCUCAAGAGGAGGAGAAGAGCAUUGUGGAGCUGAGGGAGGAGAGGAAGCUGCAGGAACAAGUGGGAAUGGACAGCACCCAGGUGCUUAGCCUCAAAGAUAAACUGGAGUUCACACCCAAAGCAGCUCUAAACAGGAACCGACCAGAAAAGAGCUAACACGUCCUGCUGGGAGAGACUCAUGUCCAGUUGGAGGAUAGUGCAUUGGGAGCAAAGGGGACGAACUAGAGGGCCAAAACACCUAUUUUUCCUGUUCACCAUGGCGACACAUUCUCACUCCAGCAUGCCUGUGUAAAUAUCAGAAACUUUGUGGAACAUAAAGGACAGCUAAAAAGUAAAUACCAUUCUGCUGAGUCAAAUAUAGCUUAUAUGUGCUGUAUGUGGUUAAAACACCUUAAAAACCUAUGUGACUUCAUAUGAAACUUUGGCUGUCUCUGAUAAUAAGGCAUGAUGCGGUUUGGCCUCCUUUUCUCCACUGGCUCGAAGAAAAGAGCAUUUACUGUUUUAUUUAAAUCUAGUUGUUGUUCCACAACUCAUUGUAUUGUGUUUUUACUAUAAAACACACAAAUGUCUCUUUCUUUGAUUUUUUUCGUA